UGGCGAUCGCGUUUGUAGGAUCAGACAAAGAGGUGGCUGCAUCCUCGAUUAUGUACGUCGAUGACGAGUUUUUGUUUUUCAACUCUGAGCUAUAACUAAAACUAAAAGUAAAAUCCUGAAUACACUUAAACGUUUUUGCACAGCGCUGUUUCAAAACAAGGUAAAGCAACAAGAAGUCCUCCAUGACCAUGUCCAUGAAGUUUAACCUUAUUUCACUUGAAACUCAUUCCUCUUCGCUAGCGUUACCCUUACCGUGAUCAUGCUUAUUCACGAAUAAUGAAGCGUUUUCGGCAUCCACGGGAGUAGCUAGAACGACACCGAUGAACACGCGCACCAACACCGACGGCACCCAGCCCCAUGUGGCGCUGGGUGUCUCCGAUCCCAUCGACGCGGGCGCGACGCCGGUGGAAACCCGAUCCCAGCUGGAACCCAUGGUGGAAGCGCUGGACCGGGACGCACCGGCGGAAACGAAAGAGGGGGAGGCAAAGCGAGCCAGAAUAUUGAAGAGCUUAGAAGGAGUGGUCAGAGAAUGGGCCAUGGAGGUAAGAAAAGCUUCUAAUGUUGAGGUUGACUCGUCAAACAGUUCAAUGGCUUUUGUCUGCUGAUAGCGACUUUGGAAUUGGAUUCCAAUCUAUGUAUCAGAAUACCUAGCGCAAACUCAUGUGAAAAAUCAAACAAUUUUGCAGAUCGGCAUGCAAGCCGCCCAGCUGGAUGAGUCCGACGCACGAUUCGCGAGCGCGAAGAUUUUUUAUGGCGUUCUCAAACGUUACAUUCUCAGCUGUUACAUGAUUUGUCAUGCAAAAUGAUCAUCAAGAUCCACACGAUCAAGCUGCUUCGCAUGACAAAUUUGCGAAUGGCUAAACAGCGCCCAAAUCUGUUCGGAAUUUGUAAUGCUACAGAUGCAACCUCCCCCCUUUCACUUUUCCCAUUCUUGCAUGACAAAUCCAUGUAACACUUGAGAAUGUAACAGUUGAGAACGCCAUAUUUUUCUCUUCGGAAGUAUGAAGCUCGGCGUGAUGGCACCGAACAGCGAUAUCGAUUGCGUUUGCGUGGUGCCUAUCGAAUGUAAAAGUGUCUGGGUCUGGAAGAUUCUGAGAUUUGUCAUGCAUGUUUUGCAUGACCCAGGAUGUCUAUAAUGCACGACCGCGCAUCACAGAUUUUCAGCGGGCUUCCUGAUGCCUACUCCGCAUGACAAACGCCCUCCCCGCGUAGCACAAACUAGACUCCUCUUGCUGGUCAUGCAAUACAGAUUUUUCUAGAGUUCAAAGUCUUCCAGACCCAGACACUUUUACAUUUGAUAGUGCCCAAACACAUCACCCGGGAGCAUUUUUUCAACAAUUUGGUCGCGAAACUGGAAGAGGUGAAGGACAAAUUCAAAAUGUCCGAAAUCAACCCGGUCGAGACCGCGCACACGCCUCUCAUCGAAAUGAUGAUCGAAGGCCAAGCGGUCGAUCUGGGGUUCGCGAGGCUGAACUUGCCGCACCUGCGGGACGUGGAUUCACUACUGGUACUUUUUGUUCUGUCUGUUUGCUUUUUCAUCAUGCUCUGAAGUCAGAGCGCCGCAUUCUCUUCAUUUCACUUGUGUCUUUGAUCCGCUAUGUGUACUUCUGGUGCCUGUGACUGAGACAAAACCAAUCCCUCCCCACAGGAUGACACCCUCCUGGUCGGGCUCGACGAGAAGAGUGCCCGCGGGAUCAACGGAAACCGUGUGAACGAAAUGAUCUUGCGGCUGGUGCCGAAUGUGGAGGUCUUCCGCAUUGCCCUGCGCUUCAUCAAGCACUGGAGCAAGCGACGAGGGGUGUCCAACAACAUGCUGGGCUAUUUCGGCGGUAUCGUGUGGGCGAUUCUGGUCGCCAGAAUAUGCCAGCUCUACCCCAAUUACAACGCCGCAGGGAUCGUCCACCGGUUUUUCAUGGUACAGAACAAACUUUUUUUUCUUCGCGUGCUGACGUUGACGGCUGAAACUAAACCUAAAGCGAGAGCCUCGUAGCACAUGUAAGACAAUUCAAGUAGUUACUUCUGAAUUGCAACUGAGUUUGAGCUUGUGGCUGGGCUUGUGCAGAAACAAUUGAUCACUUCAUAAAAAAUCCAGGUGUAUGACCAGUGGAACUGGGGUUACGAGCGACCAGUGUUGCUCCAGACCAUUGACCAGAUUGGCGAAAAAGCAGGGUUGAACCACCUGCGUGUGUGGAACCCGCACAACAGCCCGCACGACCGACAGCACCUGAUGCCCAUCAUCACGCCCGCCUUUCCCGCAAUGAACUCCACCCACAACGUCUUCCCCGCGACAAAACGCGUCAUCCAGGCGGAAAUCAAGCGCGCACGGGCCUACACACAGGCGGUCUUCGAGGGCAGCAAGGAGUGGAGCGAUGUGUACGCCAAAGCGCCUUUUUUCGGCAUGCACCGGCAGUACUUGCGAGUGCAGCUCCUCGCGAGAAAUCCGACCGCGUUCAAUAGAUGGGAGGUACAGUUGUGGAUACAUUCUUUCAUACGCUAUGAAAAAAGUUUUGCGUCUCAUUCUGUUUUAUCUGAUCUACAUCUACAAGCAGGCUCAUAGGGAAAAACAUCACAUCAAGAAAUGGAUGAAUCCAUUCAAACAGGGCUUCGUCGAGAGUAAACUCCGUCGCCUUUUUAGCACGAUCGAGCAGAUGGUUCCCGGAGUUGAACUCCAUCCGUGCCCGGACAAGUUCCCGCUUGGUCCCGACUCGGAGAACAUCACGAGGACGUUCCCGCAAGGGAAGCAGAUGUUUGUCGGCGUCAGUUUUCCGAAAGAGACUUUCGACCUUGAGGAAACCAAGAGCAACCCGCCAGACUUGCGGCCCGCGGUCGAGAAAUUUUGCGAGGGAAUCCAGAUGAUGAUGAAGCAAGAGAACUACUCCGAAUCCUUGCAGGACCUCUUCAUCACGCAGUGCACCCGGGAAACGCUCCCAGAUGAACUGAAAUUGAAGGAUUUCGAAGCGGAAAUGGCACAGGAAGCGCCUCUGGAAACAGAAAUCAAGGACGGGGCGAAGACGGGUAGUUUGAAGCGACAAAGAGAACAGGAGGCUGAGGAGAACACCAUUCAAGCGGUCAGCAACCAAUCCGUGGCACCAAAGCUCAAAACGAGGAAAAAGAUCGAGGUGGUCAUGGCCAGUUGAGACGAUAUUUUCCGGCUCGAAAUAAAAAAGAUUUUGGUUUACUUACUACACCAAGUGCGACAAAGCGAAAGCGAAAAAAUGAACGGAU